CCCUCCCCGGAGUCGCUUCCUGUCCGAGGUUAAAGAUGGCGGCCCCGGGAGCCGCGGCAGCUCCCGCCCGCCUGGUCCAGUACGUCGUGGUCCGGUCGGACCUGGUCCACACGCUGUCGUGGCCGCUGGGGGCCGUGAUAACUCAGGCGUGUCACGCCGCCACCGCCGCCGUGCACCUUCACUACUCGGACCCGGACACGCAGCGGUAUCUGGCAGAGCUGGACUCGAUGCACAAGGUGGUGCUCGCGGCUCCAGACGAGGCCGCCCUCUCCGGCCUGUCGGAGAGCCUGACUCAGGCCGGUGUUUCCCACAAGCUGUGGAUCGAGCAGCCGGAGAACGUCCCCACGUGUCUGGCUCUGAAGCCGUAUCCCAGGGAGACUGUCCAGCCGCUGCUGCGCAAGUUCAAACUCUUCAAAUGACGCAAGGAAGCUCGUAUUCAUCGACGUCUGUCUCCAGAAUGAAGCGCGGCCGUCGCAUCGCUUUUCUGUAUCUGCAUCUGAACAGCUGCAAUUCACAAGAUUAAAAUAAGAAAAAAAACAAUCAAA